AUGGAGGGCGAUGAGGUUAUCGGCACACCAAAGCAUCCCAACUGGCUGCAAAUGAUGCGCAUUAAGGAAGGGGAAGUUCCCCGCGUGAUCACUUAUGUUUCGACUAGGCUAUCCUGCUAUCGUCCCGCUAUGCGCCACGACAUCGUCGACCAUCAUGACAUCCUCAUCCUCUCCCUCUUCAGCGGGGCCAUUGAGCACCUCACUGCUCAUGUGCAUUCUUUACCACCUUUCAUCUAUAUGGCUGGUGACUUCAACUGCGUGUCGACAACUUGGGAUGACUAUGAGCAUGGCAAGUCGUCGACGGCAAUAUCAUUGUGGGACACCGCAUCUCAGAUCGGCCUCGAGUGGGCACGACCUUCUAACCAUGGACCGACGAGGAUCAGUCCUAAUCCAAACCAGAGAUCCAACGUCUUGGAUCUUGUAUUCUUAGCUCCAUCUGAGAUUCUAAUCUCGAUGCCCAGAUUGGAGCACGAUCUCCAGGGUCCGUCAGAUCAUGUCCCGAUCUGCACAGACCUUGAUAUCGGUCCCGAACCGCCCGGAUCUGGGCGACGGACAAUUAAACCCGGAAGCGAGGCUGAGAAGUCUUUCAUUUCAGAGAUUCUCUGGGACCUUGUGGCUGUUCCUGUUGCAGCCCCAGCUACCAAGGAAGGCAUUGAAGCUUUAGCCGAUGCUAUCACGACAGCAUUCUCGGACGCUUGGCUUGCCCAUUUGACCGAGUCCAAACCUACCAAGCGCUCCAAGUCCUGGUGGACGGACGAGUGCUCGGAAACAUUCGGAGUAUAUCAGUUGAGCCACUCGCUCACUGACUACAACAAGUUUAAGAAGGCGUGUAAGGAUGCCAAGUGUGAUUUCUUUGAUGAACGUAUCGCAGAAAUUGCUACCUCUCACAAGCGCCCAUGGGACCUAAUGGAAUGGGUCAAACAGCGCAAGCUACCACCCUGUGAGGCUAUUCGCAAUGGCGACCAGCCUUGCCACGAUAUGGACGACCACACACUUUGGGCACAUGAGCUUCCCGAUGAGCCAGUCCGGGAGUGGGCUGACUUUUCAGAGCAUGAGUUGUUGAGUGCCCUUAAGGGGUGUUCCAACUCCUCUGCACCAGGACUGGACCACGUUACGUGGGUCCACCUAAAGGAGUUGCUCAAGGAUAAACACGUCCUUGUGCUCUUCAUCGUGCUGGCCAACGCUUGCCUUCGGGUGGGUCAUUGGCCGCAUAUAUUUAAGGAGUCGCUAUUGGUUAUUGUUCUGAAGCCAAAUAAGCCCUCCUAUUCCGUACUGAAGGCCUUCAGGCUGAUCGUACUCCUCAUCACUUUUGGUAAACUUAUCGAAAAGAUGAUUGCCAAUAGGAUACAGUUUGACGCUGUCAAGCAUGAUAUCUUCCAUCCCAACCAACUUGGCGGCAUUCGCCAGAGGUCAACUGAGGAUGCUGGAUUGAUUCUGACCCAUCUCGUGCGAGCGGGGUGGGUUAAGGGUCUCCAGACUAGCACGCUGGCUUUCGACAUUGCGCAGUUCUUCCCCUCUAUCAACUAUGAAGUGUUCAUGGCUGUCUUGCGCAAGCAAGGAUUCUCGCCAAUUUUGGUGGAGUUCUUUGCCUCCUAUCUUGUUGGUCGUUCCACAGUCUACUGCUGGAACACCUUCCAAUCCGACUCGCAGUCUGCGGACGUGGGUGUCAGGCAGGGCUCAGCUCUCUUGCCUGUUAUCUCUGGGCUGUUCAUUGCUCCGGUAAUGAAGCUCUUCUAUAUUAAAGCGGCGCUGCUCAACAUGACGCUGCUUUCCUUUGUGGAUGAUGGGACCAUCUUGGCCCAAUCCAAACAACUCGAUGAUAAUAAUGUGGGCCUGCAUAAGGCCUACAAGAUUAUCUACCUCCUCUUUGUUGCCUUCGCACUCGUUCUUGAACACGACAAGACUGAGCUGUUCCACUUUUCGCGUCAACAAGAUGCCUACAAUCCCUCGCUGGAUUUGGGGUAUGCCCCACAUACCGGUGCUACACCUUUGAAGCCCAAGACCUAUUGGAGGUACUUGGGCUUCUACUUUGACAUGGGCUCACGUUUCAUGAGCAUAGGUCUCUCGCCUAAACAGUGGUGCCUCCUCUACAGAUUGUGUGUGGUUCCCAUUGCCACAUACGGCUAUCGUCUCUGGUAUUUUGAUGGCACCCGCAAUAAGGGCGCGAUGAACCAGCUAAAACGGAUGCAGCGAAAAGCUGCUCUAUGGAUCACAGGUGCUUUCCGCACCUCCCCCACAGGCAGUCUCGAGGCCCUCGCUGGCCUCAUCCCCUCCAUCUUAUGCUGA